AAAAACUCACCUCAGGUGAAGGAUGGUGGUGUCGUCGGAGGCGAAAAACGUCGGAGUCGCGGUGAGUGGACCCCUGACGGGUACGGUGCAGGGUUCGGCCGUGGUCACCACCGGUACCUCCACGAUGCCCGUGUCACUCCCGCGGCCAGAAACCAGCGAGGAUGCGUCCGGUGAUGCUACGCUUAAGAUGGACACGUCAAACGAAUCGAAGGUGGACCAGGAGCAGACAUCGGGCACGGAGGUCGGCCCAGGCGUACAUCCACAGGUGCAUCCCCACCAGGCGGUGGUGGUGGUGUCUCAAACCACCCACACCCUAUCGGAUGUUCCGGUGAAUGAGCUGAUCGGUGCCGCGGAACUGCAUGGUUCUGCGGAUCGGAACUCACCCGGCCACCAGACGGCUGUGAUCAUUAACCAACACAAGCAACGGAUGAUCACCACAACCGGGCAGAUCAGGGAAAUUUCAGAGGGCCAAGAACCUCCCAAUGAGUCGUCGGACUACGACGGUGUUGAGUACCAUCAGGCGGUCGAACAGCAGCAGCAGCAGCAACAGCAACAGCACACAGGAUACAGCUACGAGCCGAGCCAGGAACAGGGUGUCGUGGUGAGUGCAGCUCCAACAGUGUCUGCCUCCAGCAGUCAGAUCGUUAAGCGAGAACAAAUCGAGAAGGAAGCAGCUAUGGCGGCAGCGGCGGCGGCUGCUGCAGCAGCCUCGGCAGCUAACCAAGCACACGAAACCACCAUUAUACCUGUCCAGACGCAAACCAUCUUUGUGGAGUACAAAAACGAGGGCGAAGAAGCCGUACGGUACGUCAACCGAUACGAAGACGUCAAGUACCACGCACAUUCGCGCUACAUCUACCAACAACCGCCCGGUGGGUUGCCGUUACCUGCGACCAUACACUCGGGUGCUGGACAUCCGCACGUGCCCCACCAUGCGCAACACCCCCAUCAACACCAUCCCACGCACCAUGGUCACGGGAUGGUGCCACACGGACAUCAGAGUCAUCAUCUGCACGCACAUCCACAAUCGGUGCAGGUAGGUUCGAAUCUUCCGCAGGUGUCACAGCACCCAUCGAGUGUUGCCGUGGCCACGCAAUCCGGCACGACGAUUCAGGUGCAGGCACAACCGCACCAUCAGACCAUACAGGUGUACGAAACGCAUGAACCAACGUCAGGACCACCGGGUGAGGUGCAGCAGGUCGUCGAGGGUCAGGUCACUGAUGCCAAGACGCACUAUACGAACCUGGAACCGGUGCAUACGCUCGCGUCACCGCAGAACUACUACAUUUCGUCGGAUGGUUACGCGACCGCCGGUAACUACACCACGUUUCUGCCGCAAAAGGAGACGAUCUACUAUCAUUCGUCCAGCCCAAACCCGGUCCUGUACAAGAGCGAUCCAACGCUCACUUCGUCCUCGAUCAUCACCAAACAGAUCCACUACCCGCCAACGAUUCCGAGCUCGCAGGGGAUGUACGAGAGCGCAAGUGCUCAUAGUAGCAGCUCACCCGGAGCCCAGCAGAUCUAUCCGGGGUACUGGAAUGGGUCCAGUGUGGACUACAACACGAACUUCACCGGUACGAUCGUGAUGGAUAACGCGGGUGGAAACGUUGGCGAGUAUGCAGCCAACGGACAGCACUGGCCGAUCGGUUCGCUGAAUGACCCGUACGAUCAGUUGGCGGCUCCACCGGAACACCGUGAGUGUGUUAACUGCGGUAGCUCCGAUACGCCACUCUGGCGAAGGGACAACGUCGGCCAUACGCUGUGCAAUGCGUGCGCUUUGUACACGCGGCAAAACCCGGGCACAAACCGGCCACCGAAUCGUUCGCAAAAAGCCAAACAAACCGUGAAAACACCGCCAGCGCAAGGGAACCGCCGUUCGGGUGUCACUUGUGCGAACUGUCAGACAACCACGACGACACUCUGGCGUCGGAACAACAACGGUGAUCCGGUGUGUAACGCCUGCGGACUCUACUACAAGCUGCAUAACGUCCACCGACCGCUUACGAUGAAGAAGGAUGGCAUUCAGACGCGAAAGCGCAAACCCAAAUCUAGUCAGCAGGUCCAGCAGAUGAAUGGGCUGAACACGGGGAAGCUACUACCCUCGAUGAUACCGUCCCAGUAUCACUCGAUCGCGACGGAAGCAAAGCUGUUGAACCCGAAUCCACCCCACCUAGCGACACCGCAGCCGAUGGAGCUGCACAACUCGCCCAGCCAGCAGGAUCCACGGUACGUGGACAACUCGCCAGGUGGCGCUGGUGGCGAGAAUUCGUCCCCACAUCUGACGCCCGUACCGCAUAACCUCGUCCGGCAUAUACCGAUCUCGGUACCCUCGAUGGAUGGAAAUCGGAGCGCGAAUGGGGAAAUCACCAGCGUCAUCACGAGCACGGCUGUAGCGGAACGUUCAGGGAAUUAGAACCAGGGGCGUUGACAACGCGCUCGGUCUUAAUUUGCAAGCAAGCCAUGGGUUUUGGGGUUGGUUUUCCGGGGUUGGUUGGACAGUUUUCCUAGCAAGCAAAGGUUGGGCAAUUGGGCAGAUGAGAGAGUGCAAUAUAGACAGAUGUCCUGUGCGGUGCGUGCAAUGGUCCAACCAGGGUGUCGUUGAAGCGCACCGCAAUUGAGUAGCGUAAUUCUUAGGUAAGUGUACAAGCCUGCUGACUAGCCGUAGAAUUGAUAAUUGAUCAGAUACAACUGUAUCAUUCCACCAAACAAACAGGGACAAUACGAUGGAGGUUUUCUUUGUGUAGUGUUGUGCAGAACGAUGUUAGCUAAUAAUUGAACACAGCUUCAAGUCCUUGGUGAACUGUCCAGAUCCAGCUGGAGAGGUUCGAUAAUACGCUAGGUUACCGUGUAAGCGUGAGCGUGCCAAUGCGAUAGGUAAAACGUUAGCCUAGACCACAGUAGUAUGUAAGCACUGGUACCAAAUUCAUUCCAGCAGCUGCAGGGCGUCGGCAAGAAGGCCCUCCCUUGGAGCAAUGUUGAGUAUUCGUAAUAAAACGUACUUAAACCUUU